AUGAUUCCUCCGAGCAGCACGACUGAAGUCAGCGUGGAUGGUGUGGAGAAACAGAAUGAAGUGGAGCAGCCCCCCUCUCCAGCAUCAACUACCAGCCAGGAAUCAAAGCUGCAGAAACUGAAACGAUCACUCUCCUUCAAGACCAAAAGCUUGCGGAGUAAAAGCGCUGACAAUUUCUUCCAGAGGACUAAUAGCGAUGUGAAACUGCAGGUAGACUUGAUGCCUGAGGUGAGCACAAGCACUGGGCAGCUCCCCAGCUCAGAGAGCCAGGCGUCCUCCCCCACGAGAGCCCAGCAGCUGCCAGAAAACAGCAAGGCUCACAUCUUCCAGGAGCACAUCUUCAAAAAACCCACCUUCUGCGAUGUCUGCAACCACAUGAUUGUUGGGACAAAUGCUAAGCAUGGCCUGCGCUGUAAGGCUUGUAAGAUGAGCAUCCACCACAAGUGUGCAGACAGUAUUGGACAACAGCGUUGCAUGGGCAAGCUGCCAAAGGGAUUUCGACGGUACUACAGCUCACCACUACUCAUUCAUGAACAGUUUGGCUGCAUCAAAGAAGUGAUGCCUAUUGCCUGUGGAAAUAAGGUUGACCCUGUGUAUGAAACUCUCCGCUUUGGGACCUCCUUAGCCCAGAAAACCAAAAAGGGCAGUUCUGGAAGUGGGUCUGACUCUCCCAACAGAAACUCUACAGCUGACCUGGCAGAAGUUCCUGAGGAAGGUGAUAGCUCUGCAGGCACCCUUGACAUAAGCAGGAAACGCAGCAACAGCGUGUUUACAUACUCCGAAAAUGGCACAGAACACUUUGGAGAAGAACCAAAAAGUACACAUUCCCCGGGACCAUUUUAUAAAAGCAUGUUACAAAUGAACACCUAUGUUGCCUUGUACAAAUUUGUACCACAAGAAAAUGAAGACCUGGAGAUGAGGCCAGGGGAUAUGAUCACUCUUCUGGAAGACUCCAAUGAAGACUGGUGGAAGGGGAAAAUUGAUGAUAGAACUGGAUUUUUUCCUGCUAACUUCGUUCAAAGAGUGCAACAUGAUGAGAAGAUUUACAGGUGCAUCAGGACAUUCAUUGGCUGCAAGGAACAGGGACAGAUAACUCUGAAAGAGAACCAGAUUUGUGUGACUUCUGAAAAGGAACACGAUGGCUUUAUCAAAGUAUACAGCGGGAAGAAGAAAGGCUUUGUCCCCAUAGACGUCUUAGAAAACAUCUGA